AAGGACAAGAUAAAGGAUACUAAUUUCCCAUUAAAAUCAAUCUUUAAUUUUAAAUCAGAAUCUGAGAUAUUUUGAAAAGUUAACGGCGUUUGUUUUUUCUGUCAUCUUUAUACUUAGCCGUUAAAGUGGUACUGUUAGGUUUAGGGUUAAUAGUUAUCAUUUCAUUUUCACCACUCUUUGCCGCUUUGUUCGCCAUUUUGAAGGUACAUGGAUGAAGACGGAGAGAAACGUGUUCGUACCAAACGAUUAUGUUCUCUUAAAUCUUCCGACAAAAGAUCUGGUGAUGAAGUUGAUUGGGUAAGAGAUUUGCCAGAAUCUUUGCUUUCUCAUGUUCUUCUGAAUCUUCCGACAAAAGAUGUGGUUAAGACUAGUGUCUUAUCCAGCAAAUGGAGAUAUGUCUGGAGGUACGUUCCUAGUUUGGAAUUGGAUUGUCGUGAUUUCACGGACCCAACUCUUGUGAGUUUUAUCGAUAGCUUUUUGAGUUUCAACCAUGAGUCGUGUCUUACAAAGGUUAAGUUAAGAAUCUAUUGCAAUAUUGAUGGGGAGACUUAUAAUGUUCAUAUGGCGCGGUGGAUAACCGUUAUUGUUAAUUGGAAAGUUCAGCAUCUCGAUAUUGUGUGGCCUGUAGUUGAGAUACCUCGAACACUUUACAAGUGUGAGAGCUUAGUGUCUUUAAAGCUCUCUGAAGUAACCUUGCCAAAGACCGACUUUGUGUUUCUACCGUCUGUCAAAGUUAUGGUUCUAAAUUGGGUUGAGUUUUACAAUGAUUUGUCUUUGGAAAUGCUUAUCUUAGGCUGCUCAGUUCUCGAAAGCUUAACAUUGUGCAGAAGGUACGGUGACAAUGUAGAAGUUUUACGUGUGAGCUCUCAAUCUCUAUUGAGCUUCAACUAUUACGGCUCUAGUAAUAAGUCUUUUCGUCAUGAUCUAGUAGUUGUAAUUGAUGCUCCGAAGCUUGAGAAUCUCAUGCUCUCUCAUCAAUUAACUGCAAGUUUCAUAAUAAAGAAUCUGAGUUCCCUUGUAGAGGCGGAUAUCGAUAUUGAGUUUAACUUUUGUCGGAAAAAGUUUGAUCCGAAUGAUCUGUCGAAUAGAGAAAUGAUUCGUAAAUUUCUUGUCGGAAUCUCUGGUGUCAAAAAUAUGACCAUUGCUGCAUGUACUCUUGAGGUCAUUUAUGAUUACUCAAGAUGUGAACCACUGCCCUUAUUCCCUAACUUAUCUUUCUUGAGUGUUGACUUCUAUGACCGCAGAUGGGAAAUAUUGUCAAUCUUUCUAGAAAGCUGCCCGAAUCUAAAAUCUCUUGUAGUGGAAUCUACUUCUUUUCCAAGGAAGAGAACUAGUAUUUUCUCUCAACCUCGGCGUCUCCUAUCAUCUCUCGAGUAUGUUAAGAUAGAUUUGUCAUUGGACAGGAGAAAUGUGAAAUUAGUGAGUUACUUACUUGAGAACUCACCAAUCCUCAAGAAAGUCACUCUAUCUUUGGGUAAUUGUUCUAUAAACAAAUCUAUCAUCAUUCUCAAAGAACUCGUUCAAACUCCAAGACGCUCUGGCUCAUGCCAAGUUAGCGUCCUCUGAUCCUUGUUGACGAAUAUACAAGGUUGUCUUUCUGUACUUUUAUUAAUGUGAACUCUGUGGUUUCCUUCUUUAUUAUGGUGACUUUGUUGUGUUGUAGAUCUGUAAGAAGAUCAUAUGUUUGUUUUAAAUGUUUCAGUUGAACCAAAAAUGUAAUAAGGUUCGUGUAAGACCUAAGGAUUAAAGUUUCCAGAAACUCUUUAUUUAUGGAACUAUGUGCUUUCUUCUUAAUUGUG